AUGUCCGAUGAAACCCCCUCUCGCGAGCGAUCUGGAAUCCCUCUGCUCAAAUCUGACAACUUUGCGGUUCUGAACAUCGUUGAAGGAAACGAGGCGGCACCGGAUCCAAUCACGGAUGCCUGGAACGAUAGAAUCAAUCUAGCUCUAUCUGAAAUCGUCACCAAAUUAGAUGACGCCAAUACCUCCCAUGUCUUCGAGCACGUCAAUGAUCCCGCAGCCAUGUGGAUGGCACUCACUUCUCUCCACGCUUUGUCUUCCCCUGCCAACAAAGCGAAAAUCUUUGGCCAGUUCUAUGCUCUCUCCUGCCCCACUUCAGGAGACCUCAAGACUUUUCUGUCUGAGGUUCGGUUGGUUGACCAACAGCUUACUCGCAUAGGAUUCAAGGUUGACUCAGAGGUUCUAGCCUAUUUCACCUUGUUCAAGCUCCCGCAAGAACUCGAUUCUCGCUGGCCGCCGUUCCUGAGCAUAGUCCCGCAGCAAGUCGACCUCGAUGUACUCACUGUAAACGUAUGGGGCAUCUUGUCGACACUUGCUACCGCCUGA